GUCCCGCCGUCAGCCGCGUCGCCAUGGACGCCGAGGAGAAGCUGCGCGGGCAGCGCUGCCCCACGAUGCUGCUGCCCGGGCCGUCGGCCGGGCCGCCGCCGCCGCUGCUGGUGCCGGCGCUCUCCCCCGUCAGCAGCAGCCGCCUGCACGCCGCCCGCACCGGCAGGUCCCCGAAGACGCUGUCCUUCAGCGACCGCGUGCUGACGCAGCCCAGCGAGGACCAGCCCGAGGAGGCCGAGCCCCUGGGGGCCCUGGGGCAGGUCCGGCCCGGGGAGCAGGCUGUCACGGCUCAGGGGGAGGCCACCGAGAUGGCGACCACGCCGGGCAGCGCCUCUAGCUGCGUGUCCUGGUGCUGCCAGGUGGGCUCCGUGUUCCCGCUGACGGGCGGCACGGGCUCGCCACGCUCACCGCGCUCGCCACGCUCCCCGAAGUCGCCCAAGUCGCCCAAGUCGCCCAAGUCACCCAAGUCGCCCAAGUCGCCGAGGGUGCCUCGGUCGCCGCGGUCGCCGCGGCCCUCCAAUGAGAGCGAGGACGUGCUGUCGGGCGCUGGGCCGUCCCCUGGCUCGGCGACCUCCUGCAGCACGGACGACCCCAACAGCAAGCCGGCCCCCAAGAACUGCUACCGACUGAUCGUAGCGGGCUCGCCCAGGGUGGGCAAGUCGUCCCUCGUCGCCAGGUUCUUGAACAACAAGUUCCCGGAUGACCACAAGCCCACCAUUGAGGAGUUCUACCGGAAGCUGUAUCGCAUCCGGGGUGAGGUGUACCAAAUGGAUGUGUUGGACACGUCCGGGCACGACCCAUUCCCGGCGCUCCGGCGCACCUCCUACCUGACAGGUGACCUCUUCGUGCUGGUGUUCUCCCUCGACAACCGAGACUCGUACGAGGAGGUGAUCCGGCUGCGCGAGACCAUCCUGGAGACGCACAUGGCGGCCUGGCACGCGGGCGGCGCCAAGCGGCAGCCGCACCCGCCCCGGGUGCCCAUGGUCAUCGCCGGCAACAAAGCGGACAUCGAGCCCCGGGCGGUGAUGCCGGCCGAGGCCAAGGCCUUCACCUCCAACAAGGACCGGUGCGAGUUCGUCGAGGUGUCGGCGGCGCGCAACGAGAACGUGGCCCAGCUGUUCGGCAUCCUGAUGGACCUGGCCGGGCUGCCCCUCGAGAUGGCGCCCGACCACCACCGGCGGCUCGCCCCGCCGCCCGACGGCUCGCUGCCCUCCAGCUCCGCCAAGAAGUGCACGCUGUCCAUCAAGCGACGCCUCAGCGACGCGUGCGGCGUCGUCACGCCCAACGUGCGGCGGCCCAGCCUGCGCACCGACCUGCGCAUCCUCAGGGACAAGACGAGCAACGCGGGCAGGGGCGUGGGCAGCAGCAAGAACCCGGACAACCACUGCGCCGUGCAGUGAGCGGGCGGCGAGCGAGGCGCGAUGCAUCCUCCUUGCGGAGAGCCCCUGGGCGGUAGGCCGCGGCGCUGUGCGCUCGACGCGCCGGUGUGGCGGGUCGGCCUACCCGGAGCCUGGCAGGCGCUCGUCACCGCUUGCAGCGCGCGUCGACGACGCUCCUCACGACGCCUAUCUUCUUUCGAGGGCUUUCGGGCAUAAUGGACCAUUUCGCGUUUUGAACCGAUUCCAAAAUGAUGCAGGUGCGCUUGUUUUGAGCAUAGAGUGGAAGUGGACACGCUGGCAGCUCUUGAAGAGCACUUCACGUGCAAAUGUGAACGUUCUGUUGGUUCUGUGUGUGGGUGAGAGAGAUGGGCGGCUUUCUAGCCAGGGCCACUACUUCACUACUUAAUGUGUAUGAAAAUAUUGACAACCUAACUUUAAUCCAAGUAGCCUUGUAAGUCUCAAUAUUGCCCUCCAGCGAUGACAAAAGGAAGGGGGAAGUGGUUCCAAUGUUUUUCCUAUUUUAACUUUUCACAAUCCUCACUUUACAUACUGGACUCUUUAUUGAUCCUACAUACAAAUAUUUUUAGUGAAAUUUUCAUUAUUUGUGAUUUUUGAUAUGGUGUGGAUCAAAUAUUAAAACAUUGGGUGCGGGGCAUAUUUUUGUGUCUAUGAUUUAGAGCGAGUUCGUGUCCAUAUAGUGGUCAUGCCGCGCUCAAUGCUAAUAAAAUCCUGGGUUAAGCCUCUUUUGGCUGGCUAUGCCAGUCGUUGACGGUAUAGUUUCCUUGUGUUAAUAAAGGGUUAAACAAGAGAGACCACUUUUUAAUUAGGUAUAAGGUUUUUUUAAAUACUCAGAGCUGUUGGGACAAGCAAAACUAUUUUGUUGCAUUAUUUUUUUGAGGUAUCUAAUAAGGAUUGUGUCAGAGUACUAUUUUCAGAUAGGGUUACAAUAGUUUGUGGAGAUACGUAUUCCGGGAAUGAUUGAAUCCAUGGACGCUCUCUGUUUGACUUCUGUAGUUUGAGACUGGUACAGAGGGCAAGAAACAAAUAUCAUUUUAACGUUUAGCAUUUGGGUAUUUGAAAAAGACGAUUUCAAGGAAACAACAGAUUUGUAUAUUCCCAUGCAAUUAGUAUGUUUUCUACUCAAAGUAGCCAUUACUUUAAUGUGUGAUUAUUAGAGUUUAUGACAAAGAUAUGUCGUUGUGUAAAUAAUAUUUUGUGUGCUCAGUCUAUGUAACUUGAAAUUUGCUUAUUUUUGAGUGUCUUUUUAAUAUUUAAGCUCUCGUGUGCUGUGUCCGUAGAGUUGUAAAACAGAUAAUCUUCAACGGUUUGGUGAUGAUAUCACUGAUGUUUAAAAAUAAAGUAAAUAAAAAUUGUCAA